GUCACAAUAUUGGGGUUUUCGGACCAAAACAACGCCCAGGUGCUUCGUGGAGACUCGUCUUUGUAUCGACUGGCAACCGGAAUAUGAGCGGAAUCGUUUUCGCGUACCGGUUUUGCUUGAGCGUGGCAUCGGAGCCGUCCGGUUUGUGUUUGAGGGACUGUGUUUUUCUUGUUGCCCGGGCCUGCUGCCUACACCGGAGCGGCGGGUCGAUGAGCGGGCUGUAGGACCCUCGGAGCUGUAGCAUGGAUCCAGACGGUGGGGCAGACACACAAAAAGCUGUCAGUUUGCAGUGGAACAGCUACAAACUCGUCCAGGAUCCAGCCAUUAGACGGGUCGCUCAGAAAAUCUACAGAUAUGAUGGAGUGCAUUUCAGUGUGCCCGACUCUGGAUUCCCCCCCGUGGGUGAUCUACGGGAUCCAAGACCCAGGAGGCUAUGGUCGAGGUAUACAGAAAUGGUCCUGCCAGUGCCAAAGUUUAAGCUGGACGAGUUCUACGUGGGCCCUAUUCCCCUCAAGGAGGUGACAUUCGCCAGGCUCAACGACAACAUCAAGCAGCCCUUCUUGGCCGAAAUGUGCGCCAAGUUCGGCGAAGUGGAGGAGAUGGAGAUCCUGUUCCACCCCAAGACCAGGAAGCACUUGGGCCUGGCCAGGGUGUUGUUCACAAGCACGCGGGGGGCCAAGGACACGGUCAAGCAGCUGCACAACACCUCGGUCAUGGGCAACAUCAUCCACGCUCAGCUGGAUAUCAAAGGCCAGCAGAGGCAGAAGUAUUACGACCUGAUAGUGAACGGCUCCUACACGCCCCAGACCGUCCCUCUGGGGGGCAAGGCCUUAGUAGACUGCCUCACACCCCAGACCCCAACACAGCAACAACUUGACACGACGUCGGAAAUCAGACGGAGGCUCUCCAGCGAGCUGGCCGUGUUGGCGGCGGGCGUCCAAGCUCUCACGUCAGGAAACGUUACCCCAGGCUCCGCGGACACUGGCUUCGGUGAGCCGCGUCUGGACACGCCCCCCUCCUCCGUACCAGGCACCUACACUUCCGCAUCCUCAACGUCCUCUCAGGGUGGAACACCCUACAGCUCCCGGUCCGGCACGCCGUUCUCCCAGGAGUCUGGCUUUUCUGGGUCCAGGCACACAGGCUACAACUCUGGCACUUUGGGAGGCGGUUACCCCGCUCAGGACAUGCUUCCUUCCUCCUCCUCGUCCUCCGCCGUGUCCUCCACUGCGGGAGGUUACAAGGUGUCCCGCUACUCCGAGGACGUCCAUGAGCCCUCCGUGUACCACCGAGGUCGCCCCAUGUAUCCCCCCACCACCUCCUUCCGUCCCAACGAGCCACCGUGCUACCCGCCGUACCCCAAUGCGGGAGGACCUGGCCCCCACAUGACGCACCACUCCACAUUGCACCCGCCUCCCCUCGCCGCCCAGUAUGAUCCGCUCCUCGUGCCCGAGCGGGAUAGAGACUCUGGAGGGCGCUACGGGGCGGGGGCCGUCGUCUCCAGGCGGUCUUCUUACCAUCACCAGCAGGACACCAACUCCUCAUCCUCCUCCAAGUACCAUUCCCAUCACUCACACCACCACUCGGAUCGCCGGGACGACCGGGGGUACCGGCGAGACAGCACGGGGUCGCGCUCGGGCGAGCACGGUCACCAGAGGCACCGCAACCACCACCAUUCUCACAACCACCACGGCAGCCGUAGGAAGAGCAGCCACGACCGGGACAGGGAUCGAGACCGGGACAGAGACCGGGAGAGAGAUGGCGACUACUCCAACAGCUCAGACCCCCGAUACAAUUCCAACUCGUACCGCUCCUCAUCUAAUAGUAUGUCCCCUCCUCCUUCAUCCUACUCUGCUUAUUCCACCUCCAAAGAGUCCGCCCCGGCUACUCCUCAGGAAUUGGACGUAUCUUCUCGUCUUGGAGGUUCCGGCCUCACAGAGAGAGGCCCUCCGCCUUCAGCAAGUGCUGAGAAGGACUACCACGCUGGUCACCAUGGUGCUCUGCCGCUACCGCCUCCCCCACCGCCGCCGCCCCUGCCGCCAGCAUCUGUAAUUGCCGCCGCCGUGGCCGAAACGCUCGGAGCGCUGGAUUUCAACCAGGAUAGCCCAGCCCGUGAAGACCAGUGGUCAAAGCCCAAACGGCGUCCCAGUACCCCACCCAUCCCGCCAAAAACCCCUCCGCCUUUGACUCCGCCCCCCUCCACUGCUUCGUCAUCGCCUUCUUCUUCCAACCUCCCCCCGCACCCUGCUGCCUCCGCCAGCCCAUCGUCAGCCCGCCAUCGUGGCUCUGCCUCCCCAGAGCCAGACUCCACCAAUGAGAGCUUGCCUUUCGCUUACCACAGCAGUAGCCUGGACUCCCGUAUUGAGAUGCUCCUCAAGGAACAGAAGGCCAAGUUUUCCUUCCUCGCCUCCGAUGAGGAAGAUGAGGACGAGCGGAAAGAAGACAAACAGAGGGGCACGCGUGUGGAAGGUGGGGAGAAAAGAGGGCGGGCGGGUCAUGGUGCGGGGGAGCACGCAGGUGUCAAUCAGGCGAGGGACAACGGGGACAAGGGCAGAGGGGAGCGCGACCUCAGGAAACGAGGGAAGGGAAAAGAGGGUCGGAAGAGUCCUGCCGAACCGCCAGCCUCAACUUCAUCCUCUUCCAUGUACUCCUCUCACAUCCCUCCCCCAGAGGAGCCCCUUUCCCAAGUCCGCCUCGCCGGGACAGAAGCUGUGCAGGAGGAGAUGUCCCAGGACGGCAAUGCAGACGCACGCUGCAGAACUGGAGCCCGCACGCCACCUUACAACGGCCAGACUCAGUCGUCCCCUCAUUCCUCGGGAGAGGACAUGGAGAUCUCCGAUGAGGAGGAGGAGGGGGAGGUGACCAUCACAACGGUGACCACCCACCAGCCCUCCAUGACCUCGUGUUCCUCGCCAGCGUCAUCCCAGGCGCCCAUGCCCUCGCAGACGACGGACAUCUCGUCUUCGCCCCCGCCCGUCUCGGACUCUGCACAGCACUUUAGUACUUCCAUGCACCCACCCAUCCCUUCCUACCCCCCACACCUGCCUCCGCCGCCUCCUCCGGGCUACUCGCUGCAGCCUCCCCCGCCUCCCGGAAUUCCGCCGCCUCAUAUGGAACUGCACCCUGAGUACCCGCCGCCCAUGCCCCCCCAUAUGUAUGACUAUGCCAGCUCCAUGGAGCUGAUGAACCAGUACACGGGCGGUGCCCCCAUGUCCUUCCAGAUGCAGACGCACAUGUUGAGUCGCCUGCACCAGUUGCGCAUGUCGUCGUCCAACGGCACGCCAGGUCCAGGCGAGGCCGCCACGGGAGACUACGCCGCCUACCAUCUGCACACUGUGCCGCCACCGUCCCACCCCUACAUGGACCAAGAGGGGAGCGGGGAAGCUGCUGGUCAUUACAACCAGGACCCCCGCUACAUGCCGCCACACAUGCCCUACCCUUACACCGACCCGCACGGCGCGCAAAUACCACCGCCUCACCUCCCGCCUCCCCACACCACGUGGCCGCCGCACGUAUUAGCCGCCCACUACCCCUCUUACAUGCCUCUGCCCGCCUAUGGCACCAUGCCGCCCGGGGAGGGGGGUGAGUAUCAGACCCCUGGGGAGGAGAUACCCUUGCUGGAUGACAACCCUCACGAAGCCACGGUGCAGAUGGUGCUCGCCACUCUCAUCCAGGAGAUGAAGAACAUCAUGCAGAGGGACCUGAACCGCAAGAUGGUGGAGAACAUCGCCUUUGCCACCUUUGACGAGUGGUGGGACAGGAAGGAGACAAAAGCCAAGCCCUUCCAGACAAUGGCAGCUUUACGUGAUGACGAGAAGAAAGAGGAGAAGGUGAGCCGACCUCGCGAGCCUCUCACGUCUCUUGUGGACUGGGCGAAGAGCGGCGGCGUGGAGGGAUUCUCUCUGCGUGGAGCGCUAAGACUGCCCUCCUUUAAGGUGAAGAGGAAAGAGCCUCAGGAGCUCCACGAGGGAGACAUGAAAAGGCCGCGACCUUCCACCCCGCCAGACGAGGACGACGAAGCUGCUGAUGGAAGGACGCCAGACGCCGUCAGACACGGAGUUAGAAUGGACAACAAGAGGAGGAAAAAGAAGCCCAGAAAUCGCAAACCUUGGGAGCUAGACAGCGAGGGAGAGGAAACAUCGGAUGGCUCCUCCUCGGAAAAGGACGAUGAGGAAGUGGAGGCGAGUGGAAAGGAUUCUGAUGAUGACGCUCUCAGUGUCGACAGCGACGACGAGAGCCUUUCCUCGUCCUCUGAGGACUCGUCAUCAUCCGGAUCCUCAUCUUCGUCUUCCUCUGAGGAUGAAGAGGAAGGCGAGCGGCCCGACAGCGACGGCACUGACACCAUGGACGAGUCCACCAUGGACAGCACCACGGAAAAAGAUGUCCCAGAGACGAUCUCUCCAAAGGCAGCAGUGAAAACUGGUGACGCCAAAGAAAGCAAAGUGGAUACAAAAGCACCCUCCAAGCGACCGCCAUCACCGCCAUACCCCCGCCCUUCGUCCCCCGUCGUCCUUGUGCCCCCUCUUAAAAAACGCAGAAAGACCGUCUCCUUCUCCACCGAGGAGAACAGCAAAACACUGUCGUCAGCGCUGCCACUGUCUCCACCCCCGUCCCAAACGGCAGGCGAAUCUCCAAUCCUGCUCUCACCCAGCAAACCCUCAGAACCCCGCGCCGCUGCCGCACCCCCGACGCGUCCUGUUCAUGGUAUCCAGCUGCUUCCCUUUGCCUCCAAACCGGGCGAAGGCAACGCCCUCAUCGUGCCGCCGUGUGGAAGAACUCCAGAUUCCAAUGAGCCCAAAAGGACACCACUGUCCCCUCAGGCCACCCCCACCAAGGUGCCUAGCAAACGGGGCUCAGGCAAAGACUCCCCCAAAUCCUCCGUUCCUCCCGUCAUGGUAUGCCGCACUGUGCAGAACCUCCCCUUGGACCACGCCUCCAUGUGUAGAAUGGCUUUCGAGGAGGCUCCCCCUCCAUCUCCCGUCAGCAAACGAGGCAAAGGAAAGUCCCGGACCACGAGCAUCACCUGUCACCCCCUCAAAGAAGAAGCCGAGGACGAGGACCACCAGAGGCUGAGACUGCGGGAGCAGCUCGGAGCGUCCAGCCUGCUCCAGCUGGCCUCUGCCUCAACCGCCGACCUCUCGGUCCUGGCCGACGUCGCCCUGAAGAUGGACCCCGAGGCUGGAGACUCUGAGGAGACGGAGACAUCGGAUGAGGCAGAGGAGCAGAAGAUGGAGGGCAGUCUCUUCUCGGGGGAGGCGCUGUUGCGUGUCAUGAGCUUGGAGAGCGUGGUUGUGUUCAUGGAGCACAGCUAUUCCAAACCGCCUCUUUUCACGGGUGCACCAGCCCCCAAAAAGACCUCCUCCAAACUGGACUCGUCUGUGCUCGUCCCAGCAGACCUCAACACCAUCUCUGGGGUGUUGGAGGCGCCAGAGGAGGUCAUCGGCGAGGCGCUGGACGGUAGAGAAUAUUUGGGACUACUGUGCCCGACUGAUGAGUCGAGCCCCGCUACAACUCCUUCAGCCAAGAAGUCGGCGGCAAGCAAAGCACUGGAACUUGAAAAGAGCAAAAAGAAGAGAAGUAAAGACAAGGACAAAGAGAACCAGGAAGUUAUUCCCACAAAACAGCAGGAGCAGCAGCCAAGCAAGAACCUGAAGAAGCGGAAACUAGAGGACUCGGACCUGGAGGAGGAGGUAGACGUGGAGGAGCUUGAGUCUGGCGAGCUUUCGAGCACAGACUCAGAGGAAGAGGUGGGGGAGGAGGUGAGGAAGAGCGAGCGUCUCUUCCUGCAGGAGGCCGGGGUGACGUCGUCCAAACGCGCCCCGCCCCCCGAGCCCCCGCCGAUGAAGUACGACAACCGCAGCGAGUUUGAGCAGAUGACCAUCCUGUACGACAUCUGGAACUCGGGCCUGGACGGCGAGGACUUGAUGCUGCUGAAGAAGACGUACGAGAAGCUGCUGCAGGACAACCACUCAUCCGACUGGCUCAACGACACCCACUGGGUCCAACACACUGUGACCAACUUGCCAAACCCUCGGCGUAAGAAGAGGAACGCGGACGGGCAGCUUCGACAGCACGUGACUGGUUCUGCCAGGAGCGAGGGCUACUACGCCAUCAGCCGCAAGGAGAAGGAUGUCUACCUUGACCUGGACCUUCCCGAGCAGGUCAUACGGGAGGUGGAGAACGUCGACAGCUCGGGCACCAACCGGGCGCUGUCUGAGAGGCGCUCUGAGCAGCGACGCCUCCUCACCGUCAUCGGCACGCCGGCCGUCAUGGACUCUGACCUGCUCAAGCUCAACCAGCUCAAGUUCCGAAAGAAGAAGCUUCGAUUUGGCCGCAGCAGGAUCCACGAGUGGGGCCUGUUCGCCAUGGAGGCCAUCGCUGCUGACGAGAUGGUCAUCGAGUAUGUGGGUCAGAACAUAAGACAGAUGGUGGCAGACAAUCGUGAGAAGCGGUACGCUCAGCAGGGCAUCGGGAGCAGCUACUUGUUCCGAGUGGACCACGACACCAUCAUAGACGCCACCAAGUGUGGCAACCUGGCCCGCUUCAUCAACCACUGCUGCACUCCCAACUGCUACGCCAAGGUGAUCACCAUCGAGUCCCAGAAGAAGAUCGUCAUCUACUCCAAGCAGGCCAUCGCCGUCAACGAGGAGAUCACGUACGACUACAAGUUCCCCCUGGAGGAGAACAAGAUCCCCUGCCUGUGCGGCACAGAGAACUGCCGCGGCACGCUCAACUAACCUGCCACUCUCCACUCGGUGGCGCUCGGCUCCCCAAAGGUCCACACAGAAACACGAUGACGCACAGAUUUGAAAUCAGGGUUUUUAAAUGAAAAUGGAGAAAAAAACAAAAGCGCUUGUGUCGGGCGCACUUUUAAUCUGACAGUUUGGUCUUUUGUUGAAAUGCCAGCUUGAAGCGAUCAUAUAAUCUUACUGUUAUUAUCAUUAUUAUUCCUUGUGUUGCUUGAGUGACGCAAGCUUCAGUUUUAAUGAUCACACCUUCAGCUUUUGUCUGCAGCAUCACACAUUACGGCACAAUUGGAUUAUUUUUUUCAUUUUAGUUUUCAAAUGUUAUGUGCUCCAUCCUACCCGCGUUUGUGGUCGUCUUUGGUGGCAAAGUGUCCCUUUUCUCUCGGUGUCGUCCUCUCGUCGCCUCGCGGCCAACAAGUACAGCGUUCAAACAGAAUACGGUGCAAAGGAGUUCAGGUCAGAUUAAGAGACGGCACAGUGGCGUA